AAAUAGUUUCAAAAUGCCAACUGACAGGAAAGAUCCCACUGAGCAAGAGAUCCUCAUUGAAGAAAAGAAAACCAAACCUAAUGGAGAGGUUUACGUCAGGAAGUAUAUCAAAGGAAGGUUCUUAGGAAAGGGAGGAUUUGCCAAAUGCUAUGAAUUCACCUGCACAGAGACAAAACAGCCAUAUGCUGCCAAAUUGCUGCCCAAGUCAUCCCUCACUAAGUCAAGAGCUAGGCAGAAGUUAUUGUCAGAAAUCAAAAUCCAUCGCUCUCUAAAGCACAAGCAUGUCGUUGGAUUUCAGCAUUUCUUCGAAGACCAUGAUAAUGUGUACAUUCUUCUAGAGCUCUGCACCAAUCAGACGUUAAAUGAGAUCAUCAGAAGGAGAAAGAGAUUGCAUGAGCUCGAAGUCCAAUGCUAUGUUGUCCAGAUGGUCUCAGCUCUAAAAUACCUACAUGCCCACAAAGUAAUUCACAGAGAUUUAAAACUUGGAAAUCUCUUUGUCAAUGAUAAAAUGGAAAUUAAAAUCGGUGACUUCGGUCUAGCCACAAAACUUGAGUUUGAAGGUGACAGGAAAAGAACUAUCUGUGGUACGCCCAACUACAUUGCUCCUGAAAUUUUGGAAGGCAAGAAUGGACACUCAUAUGAGGUUGACAUCUGGUCUCUAGGAGUUAUCAUCUACACUCUUCUCAUUGGAAAGCCUCCUUUUGAGACAUCUGACGUUAAAACGACAUAUAAAAAGAUCAGAUUGAACUCGUAUACUUUUCCAGAUAAUAUAAAAUGUUCAAGAGAGAUCAAGGACUUGAUCUCAUCAAUUUUACAUCUUGAUCCAGCUAAGAGGCCAAACCUGACCCAAAUUCUUGAGCAUGAAUUUUUCCACAUGAAUGCUGCAAUUCCGAAGGCUCUACCAGCUUACACUCUAGCUUGCCCUCCAUCAGAGAGCUACACCACCAAGUUCAAAACUGGAAAGGCUAAGGAAGGAUCAAAGCACAAGCUAAAAAGAGACAAGAGCAAAUAUCUCAAAACUGUUCCUCAAACAGACCUUGACCCCCUAAUCAUGGAAGCUGUCAAAGGGGAUACUUUCGUAGUCGAAUAUGUUGACUACUCCUCCAAGUACGGGGUUGGCUACAUCCUUUCAAAUGGAACCUUCGGCGUCUUUUAUAAUGACAGCACUAAGAUUAUUUUCGAUCCUUCCUCCGAAAGUAUUGAAUACGUGAACAAAAAGUCAGGCGAUAAAUCAGGUAGAAUAGAGAAAUUCUACAGCAAGGAGUACCCAGCCCACCUCAAAAAGAAGAUGACUCUUCUCCAACAUUUCACUGGCUAUCUCGAGAAGAACAUUCAUGCUAAGAGGCAUCUUCUGAAGGAAAGCCUUGAUGACGAAGAGAAGAGUAUUGUGGUCAAAAAGUGGCUCAGAACAAAGCAUGCUAUUAUUUUCAGGCUUAGUAACAAACUAGUACAAGUUAUCUUCUUUGACAACACAGAAAUUAUCCUUCAUUCGGAAAAUAGAGCUGUAACUUAUGUGAAUAAGAAAGGUGAACGGUUGUUCUACUCCAUAGAAUCAUCCAUUGAGUCAAACAACCAGGAAAUGACCAAGAGACUAAACUACACCAGGCAGGUCCUCACUCAUAUGCUGCAAAAUAAAUUUGGAGCCUCCAGCUAUCCGGAUGGGAUGGUAGGGGAGAAAGAAAGAGAUGAAAUCGAGGUCCAAUAACCCACUUCUUAUUUCAAAAUAUUUCUCAAUUAAUAA